AUGUCGGAACAAGUUAGCGAGCUCGAAAAAACAGUACAGGGCUUCCAGACCAAAUCCAGGUUCAGUAGGCUCACAUUUGCAGACCAGAUGGCAAACUUGAAGGAAGAAAUAAAGAUUUCACUUCAAAUAUUAAAGGUUGACACACAAAAAGAAUUGCUUACACUUAUGGAGAAAGUUAGUCACCUCGAAAAAGUUGUUCCACAACUUGUCCAAAUGGUUCAAAUGUUCUACUGUGAUAUUGAUGAAAUCCGUGAAGCUCUUAAGAUUCAAAUCCCAAACCAAGUUGCAAUUGAAGAGAAAAAGAGAAAAGAGAUGGAAGAAGCAAUGGAAGAAGAGGAAGAAGAAGAAAUUGCACAAAUUGCAAUUACGGAAGAAGAGGAACAAGAAGAGGAAGAAGAAAAGAGAGACAUUGUUGAAACUUGGGAAGAACUCAAGCUUGACAACACUUACGAAAUUUCUUCGAAUUACCCUUACAGAGUUCGCAAUAAAACAACAAAAAAGGUUCUCAAACCUUUCCUCAACAAUGUUGGACACUACAACCUCAACCUUACCAAGUUUGGUACCGCUUCAAUGGGAAAAAUUGUUGCCUCUCAAUGGGUCCAAAACCCACAAAAGAAGACAAGAGUUAAGCACAUUGAUGGAAACAACAAGAACAACAGGGUUUCCAACUUGGAAUGGUACCAAAACAUUCUAAACACUAAACAACAACAUUUGACACAAAUUUAA